UAAAAAGGAAGUCUGGCCAGGGGUCCCCGGGCAGAGGACUCUGGCGGCCAGAGAGGCAGGGCAGAGGCGCUUCGGGGUCCCCUCCUUCCUUCCCAUCCGCGACUCUCAGGUCCCAGCCAUGAGAUCCUGUCACCUGCACCUCUCCGCCGCCUCCGGCGCCCGGGCCUUGGGAAAGCUGCUGCUGCCGCUACUGAUGGCGCAAUUUUGGGCCGCGCAGGCGCUGCUCCCGGGGAACGACACGGGCUCGGACCGCGCGGCCUCGGGCGCCCGCUGCCCGCGCCGCUCGCAGCCCUGGCAGGUGUCCCUCUUCCACGGGCUCGCGUUCCACUGCGCCGGCGUCCUGGUGGACCAGAGCUGGGUGCUCACGGCCGCGCACUGCGGCGACAAGACGCCAUUGUGGGCCCGAAUCGGGGACGACCACCUGCUGCUCCUGCAGGGCGAGCAGCUGCGGCGGACCACGCGCGCCGUCGUGCACCCCAAAUACCGCGGGGGCUCAGGCCCCAUCCUGCCCAGGCGGACGGAUGAGCACGACCUCAUGCUGCUGAAGCUGGCGCGGGCGGCCGUGCUGGGGCCCGGCGUGCAGACCCUGCGGCUGCCCUACCGCUGCGCCGAGCCCGGGGACCAGUGCCAGGUCGCCGGCUGGGGCACCACGGCCUCCCGCAGAGUGAAAUACAACAGGAGUCUCAGCUGCUCCAGGGUCACGCUCCUGAGCCCCCAAGAAUGUGAGAUCUUCUACCCGGGCGUGGUCACCAGCAACAUGGUGUGUGCGGGAAUGGACCAGGGCCAGGACCCCUGCCAGAGCGACUCGGGCGGCCCCCUGGUGUGCGGUGAGACCCUGCAGGGUGUCCUGUCCUGGGGCGUGUACCCCUGCGGCUCUGCCCAGCACCCAGCUGUCUACACCCAGAUCUGCAAGUACCUGCCCUGGAUCCGGAAAACCAUCCUCUCCGGCUGACCCGGAGAGCCCUGCCCCAACCCUGCUGCCCCGGUGGACGCCCCUGCCCUCCCCUUCCCUGUCUGUCCCAAACCCUGGGCGGGGAAGCGAGGGCCCAGCCUGCCUCUUUGUGCCGCUGCCUGCGCUGCCUGCAGUGUGACCCCCAACAAGCCUUCUCCAACCUCAGCGCUCUCGCCUCCAAGAUGGGGCAAUGAAACACCUACCUCUCACACCCGA